CAGGUAGAUUGCAUCCUCGCGUGGUGAACGAGAACCGACAGUGGAAAGCGACUAUCGUAAACACGGAGGCGGCCCUUCCGUGCCUCGAGUAAAUAUUCCGAAGCUUUCCUUUAUAUAUCGGACGAAGAUGCAUCGUCGUAAAAGCGCGAAGACGCUACGGGCGUAAUUUCGAUAAUCCAUUUUACGGGCAACGCUAGCCUGUUCCGUCUCUCCCUUUAACGCCACAGCGUUCCACCUUUUUCGUUACGUUAAACGCAGAGGAGAACCAUAAAAGAAGCAUGUAAUUUCUAAUUUCACCGCCAGCCAACGUCUUUCACCAUCUUUCACUAACCGACGUAACGAAGACGCGCGGACGUGUUUUCCUCGGGAAUUCAUCGAGCGUAUUCACGGCUCGAUGAGCGUAUUUUUACCGGUCUCGUAAUGUAUAAAUCGGUCGAGUCGAGUCGGGGCCGAUGCUUCUCUCGCGGGGGGUCUCCUCCCGACUUCGUAUUUUUAGAAAUCACCCAACGCUCUACGCGCCGCAACCGUGUGUAACCGUCUCGAAAAAUGGCCGGGUCGCGCGAGUGUCGGCGCGUAGAGCGCACGUUACGCAGCGCUACGUCGUAGCCGAGCGCCGAGUGGAAUUGGAUCGCGACGAUAGUGAAAGUGGCGCGUGGUGCACGCGGAAAGGAAUAAAGAAAGGUGGAAAAGAAGCGAGGUACCGGGGAUAACUGUUGCGGGGGAAGGGGGGCGAGGGCAGGGAGAGGAGCGUAGGUUUAAGGUGGAUGAAAGUUAUCGGAGAAAGCCAAUUGGCAGCGUCGAUCUCGCGAGUCCGCGAUCGCCACUCGAACCGCCGCGCUCGCUCUUUUCGCGCUCGCCGCCUCUGUCUCUGCACGCAACACACAACACACCUAUCGACGCUACACUCGAACGUGCUCGCGCGAACAGCUUGUACGCUCUCCUCUACUCCGUUUGCACACGCGCGAGUGGCAACUCGCCUCGCUGUAUGUGUGAAAUUGCGCGCGGCCGUACACACCGGCGAAAUAAGUGCACCCGUGUACGUAGAGCGUACGGCAGAAAGUGUGUAUAGAGCAGAGCCAGCCUUUACGUAACUCUGCGGCGUUCCUCUUUCCGCGCCGCACCGAGCCAGGGCCGAGCUACCUUCUCGCUAGGCCCCCCGCUCCUCUACUCAACCCAUCUCGCUAUACACGUACAUGCAUGUACGCGCUUCCCCAAUCCGAAAUCGGUUUUCACAGAAGCGCAGCACGAUGAUAUUCCAGAGGCUGAUUGCUUAGAGCCGGCCGAUGACCAGUUAUGCACGGUGGAUACUUUCGCCGCUGCGAAUAGAGCCUGUAACUGGCAGAAAGGCGACCGGAGGACGAGAAUGGAGUAUAGAAGGAAGAAACGUCCUCGCGAAAAUGCAAAGGACCUUCGGCCCGUUAGGAAUGCUACACGGAUACAUGGAAAAUCGAACUCGCGUCAAGGUCUACACGAGGAACGCGCGCGGCAUAAGGGGACACGUGGAGGCAUACGUGGCUGCCUUCGACAAGCACUGGAACCUCGCGCUCGAGGACUGCUUUGAGGUUUGGACUCGUAAAGUGAAGAGGAAAGCACCUGCUCUUGGUACGCCGAGCGACGUGAAAACGAAAGAAGACGCCGCGCCCAAAGCAGUCGUGAGGAAGAUCGAGGGAAAGAAGGAGACCUUGGAAAGACACGUGCCGCAAAUGUUGCUGAGGGGAGAACAGGUCGCUAUAAUCAUCAAAAUCAAUUGAGUCAGUGAAUACGUCCUACCACCGAGAAACGGACACUGGUGACGUCAUGCGACUCCAUGUUGCGACGCAUCGUACCGCUGGACGAGCAAAGCAAUGCAAUACCUUGCAUACUGUUAUUUAUUAUUUUUUUAUUUUUUUACUGCAUAACUUUUCUACCACAUUUGCUUUAUCGAGCAGAACGAAAUAAAACUGCG